UACGGAGAGGUUUAAGUGUAACUCCAUGAUGGCAGCUCUGGUGAAAACACAUGUGCAGUCUCCUGGAGUCGAUGCACAUCCUGAGUGUGGGGACGACGAUGACCAGAGCGUUUCUGAAGGGGGGAGCGCCGAGGAAAGCUCAGGCGAUGAAGCAAAUGACGAAGGAGACAGUGACGGAGAUAGUGAAGGAGGGAGUGAUGGGGAGGAGGCUGAGGAGGAGGCUGUGGAGGGAGAUGCCAGUAAUGCAAAUGCUGGGUGGGCUGACGCCAUGGCCAAGAUCCUGGGAAAGAAAACCCCCGAGAGCAGAACCAGCAUCCUUGUGAAGAACAAGGAGCUGGACAAGAUGAAGGAGAAAGAGAAAAAGGAGCAGCUGGAGAGAAAGAAACAGGUAGACAAGAAGCGAGUGUGGGAGAUGAUGGCCAGAGAGAAACCUGAUGUGGUGAAGGACCGCGAAACUGAAAAGGCUCUGCAGAGAAUUGCUACCAGAGGGGUGGUGCAGCUGUUCAACGCUGUACGGAAGCACCAGAAAACCAUCGAUAUCAAGUUGAAGGAAGUUGGUGGCUCGGAGAGGAAGAAGGCCAAGUUUCUUUCAUCCGUCUCUAAGAAAGACUUCAUCGAUGUGCUGAGAAGGACGGAGGGAGGCAGCGGAGCCAGCAGCAAGACUGAAGACACCGCUGCGGCUGCAGCAGAGGACCAGUCUUCAUGGAAGGUCCUCUCUGAUGACUUCAUGAUGGGGGCCACCAUGAAAGACUGGGACAAAGAGGAGGAUGACACCGCCAAUAAGGACUGAAGGGACUUUCUGGUGCACAGAAACCCUAACCUGCAGAGAACAGCUGAACCUCAGGAAGGGUGGAAAGGUUAAAUCCGAUAGCAAGCCCCUUUGCCACUGUGAGACAAACCAUGUGGAAGCAGGAUGACAGAUGUUGGACCUGGGGAAACUUGAAGGGGCUUCUCCGUCAUACUAUUGUAUCAUUGUAAACUCUGUAAAUAGGAAUGUUUUGAAUAAACGACCAAUUGAUGAAA